UCUUAUGGAAUAUCUUCAAAAUCUCUCUUUUUAGGUCUUAAAAAUCUAGAAAUAGACCUUAAAUUGACAUAAAAUUCCUUUAGUACUAUCUACAAAAAUGACUUCAUGUUUAAGUGGAGGCGGAAGAACUUAUGCAUUAGACUUAGACAUCAUAAAAUCUCCAUCUUCUUCAACAAGAACUUCACACACUUCUUCACCAUCUUCAACCCUCUCAGAAUCAAGCAACUCCCCUCUAGCAAUCUCCACUAGAAAGCCAAGAACCGCUCGAAAACGCCCCAAACAAACUUACAACGAAGCCGCCGCCCUCCUCUCCACGGCCUAUCCCAACAUUUUCUCUAGAAAACACUUGACGAAUCCAAGUAAAUUCACCAACCUUCACGAAUCUUUCUUAAAUGAAUCCUCAGAAUUGUUGUUGCCUUUUCGCGUUUUUGACCACUCGGGUUUUAUGCUCCAUCAACCAAUUCAAGAUAAACCCAGAUUCCCAUUUGAGCGAAAAGUCUCAAGUUCUUGUGACAAGCCUUGCCAGAGUAAUGGUAAUGGUGAAGUUGAUUUCCAAGGGAAUUCCAAUUCCAAUUCCAUGGAGUUAUCCAGUGAAUUCCAUGAAGAUUUCGAUGCCGAGUCGAUUCUUGAUGAAGAAAUCGAGGAGGGAAUCGAUAGCAUUAUGGGGAAUUUGAGAGUCAACAACGAUGAUUCUAAUGUUAAUGUUGCUUCGCAUAAUUAUCAAAUCAACAAUUCUUGGUAUGCUAAUCCAAUGGGGCUUGGAUUUGGCGGGAAACUGCAAUUCGGAAUCGGAAUGGGAAUGAGAAGAGGAGUAAACGCAUUGAGACAUGUUGAUGAAGGAAAUUGGUGGAGUUUUCCAACAGUUGAUGUUGUUCAAAUCUCUCCAAAAUUCAACAACCACCACCAGAACAGUAACAGUAACAAAAAGGUUUCAAAUGAGAAAAAGAAAAAGAAGAGGGCUGAAAAGGAGAGUGAAAAAGUUACAGUUGAGUACAAGAGUUUGGAAUUGAAAUCGAAUUCACCUCAAGAGAAUUCAAUUCCGAAAUCCAAUUCAGCUGAAUUACUAUUGAAAUUGAAGUACGACGACGUAGUGACCGCUUGGGCUGACCGUGGUUCACCGUUUUUAGAUGAAACUUUGGGCUCCGAUGUUCAAGGAAAUGAUGUCUCUGCCAGGCUGGCACAGAUUGAUUUAUUCUCUGAUAGCGGUGUGAGGGAGGCUAGCGUGUUGCGCUACAAGGAAAAGCGGCGUACACGUCUUUUCUCUAAGAAGAUCAGGUACCAAGUCAGAAAAGUCAACGCUGAUCGACGGCCCAGAAUGAAGGGGCGUUUUGUGAGGCGGCCAAAUUCUACCGCAAAUGCUCAAGAUGAAAAGGGGAAAAAGAAAGUCUUACUUUCUGAUUUGUGAACAUUUUUUUUUUCUUUUUCCAACACUAGAAAGCUAAAGAGACGGAGAGUCGCUAAAAAGAGUGAUGAGAAAUAG